AUGGGGCUCAUCGGGCACUUUCUGGCCAAUCAAGGCCAACCAGGACAGAGACCAAGGCUUGUCAUCGUCUGGCACACACGUAUCAACAGAAGUGACCCCUACUGGGAGCGGCCUGCUAACACGGGCAGCUGCUCCGCUGCCCGGCCCAAGACGCUUCACCUGGCCGGCCAACAGCAUACCUCCUCACCAUGGUUGCAGGCGCUGAGGAAGGAGAAGUCGCGAGAUGCGGCACGGUCGCGGCGUGGGAAGGAGAACUUUGAGUUCUAUGAGCUGGCCAAGAUGCUGCCGCUGCCGGGCGCCAUCACCAGUCAGCUGGACAAGGCCUCCAUCAUCCGGCUCACCAUCAGCUACCUGAAGAUGAGAGACUUUGCCAACCAGGGAGACCCGCCGUGGAACUUGCGCAUUGAAGGACCACCGCCCAACACCUCCGUCAAAGCAAUCGGAACCCAGCGUAGAAGGAGCCUAAGCGUCGUUGCCUCGGAGAUCUUUGAUCCUCACCUGGGUAGCCACAUUUUACAGUCCCUGGAUGGGUUUGUUUUUGCACUAAACAAGGAGGGCAGGUUCCUGUACAUUUCUGAGACUGUCUCCAUAUACCUGGGGCUCUCACAGGUGGAGCUGACGGGCAGCAGUGUGUUCGACUACAUUCAUCCCGGCGAUCACGUGGAAAUGGCGGAGCAGCUUGGGAUGAAGCUCCCUCCUGGCCGAGGUCUAUCUCUGUCCCAGGGAGCUGUCAAUGAAGACGGUGCCUCCUCAGCCUCCUCUUCAUCCCACUCCGAGACCCCCGAACCAGUGGAGGCGAACAGCCCCAGCCUGCUGGCCCCUGACAACUCUCUAGAACGUUCCUUUUUCGUAAGGAUGAAGUCAACGCUCACCAAGAGAGGAGUACACAUCAAGUCCUCAGGAUACAAGGUGAUCCACGUCACGGGACGCCUCAGGAUCCGGAUGGCGCUGACCCAUUCCCGCUCCGUUCCCAACCAGAUCAUGGGGAUGGUGGUGGUAGCACACGCCCUGCCACCGCCCACCAUCAACGAGGUCCGAAUCGACUGCCAGAUGUUUGUCACCCGCGUCAACAUGGACCUCAACAUCGUCUACUGCGAGAACAGGAUCAGCGACUACAUGGACCUGACUCCUGUGGACAUCGUGGGGAAGCGGUGUUACCAGUUUAUUCACGCUGAAGACGUGGAGGGAAUCAGACAUUGUCACCUGGACCUGAUGAACAAAGGUCAGUGUGUGACUAAGUACUACCGCUGGAUCCAGAAGAAUGGUGGCUACAUCUGGAUCCAGUCCAGCGCCACCAUCGCCAUCAACGCCAAGAACUCCAGUGACAAAAACAUCAUCUGGGUCAACUAUGUCCUCAGUAACCCAGAGUAUAAAGACACACCCCUGGACAUCGUCCAGCUGCCCAAUCUGCCAGAGAAGGCAUCUGAGUCGUCAGAAACCUCCGACUCCGAGUCCGAGUCCAAGGAGAACUCUGACAAUGAGAACUCAAAGUCUGAAGGGAAGCCAGGCCGCCAAUCAGAACACAGCGAGGACCCGGAGACGGAUAGCAAGGGUCAGCAACAGCCCAGCCAAUCACAGUCUUCUUCCGAACAGGAAAUGAGGCGCCAGGAAGAGGGUGAAAGCUCCAGCAACCCCGAGAGCCAAGACAGCGACGACAGUCUAGAACCUUCUGACGGCGAGGGGGAGGAGCAGGAGGAGAGAGGAGGAGGGGGGAGGGUAGGGAGAUUAGGAGAGCUGGGGGGACUUGGGGUCAUCGGCGGGUUGGGGAGUCUGGGUGGGCUUCAUAUCAAAGUGGAGCAUUAUGGUGAGGGGGAGGAAGUCGAGCUUCACAACUCCCAGUCUUCCUCAUCCGAGGAAGAGGACGAGGAAGAGGAUGAGGAGGAUGGGAGUGUGAAAGACUGCGACAGUGCCAAUGACCUCGCCAAUGCCAAUGUCAUUGCCACAACCGGCGGGAAACUCCAGAAAAGGAGGAAGAGGAGGAAAAAGCAGAAAUGGGACGGGAGCCGCAGCAGGAGGCUCCGCCUUUCCUCGACUACACCCAGCCCCGUUGCCAUGGGAGAUGCCACACCACUUAUGGAUGCCUCGCAGCCUACCACCUCCUCUACUCACCUCCUCCACACCACGACAUCAUCGAACAGUGCGGUGGCCUCUGUCCUGAAGAUCAAGACAGAAAUGUCAGAACCGAUCAACUUUGACAAUGACAGCAGCAUCUGGAACUACCCACCCAACCGGGAGAUCUCCAGAAAUGAAUCCCCCUACAGCAUGACCUCUAAACCGGCUGCCCCUGGAGCUCACGAGGCCUUCUCCUCCCCACAGGGAGGCUCCCUUCAGGUGGCCAUCCCAGACUCUGUCCUCACUCCACCCGGUACUGAGGGAGGCACCGGAGGAGCAAGAAAGCCUCCUUACAAUGGAAACUCUGCCCCUUCCUCCACCUCCAGCGCUCCAAGCUUAGCUCCUCCCUCUAGCGCCUCUUCUUCUGACCCCCUCUCCCCUCCGCUCUCAGCGUCACCGCGGGACAAACAGCAGGGCACACCCACCACCUCUUCCUCCUCCUCUUCCUCAUCUUCCUCCUCAUCCCUACUGUACUCUGGUGACCUGGAGGCGCUGCAGCGGCUGCAGGCCGGUAACGUAGUUCUCCCGCUUGUCCACCGGGUCACAGGGACUCUGGCUUCAACCACAACGGCGCCACGGGUUUACACCACUGGGACAAUCCGCUACGCCCCAGCCGACGUCACCCUGGCCAUGGCGCAGGGGAACCUGCUCCCCAACGCUGCCAUGAACUUUGUGGACAGCUCCAGCUUCAGCUUGGACCCCAAGACACCAAUGGAGAUGCUCUACCACCACGUCCACCGGCUCAACAUGUCUGCCGCCGCUGCUGCUGGUCCAUUUGUGGGCUCACCAGGGGCAGCAACAGGCGGGAAUGGGGCCCUCGGUGGCCAGAUGCCCACAGCGGCCAAUGUGUUCACCACGGCAGAGGGACUCUUCUCCACGCUACCGUUCCCAGUGUACAGCAACGGCAUUCACGCCACACAGACAACUCUGGAGAGGAAGGAGGACUAA